AUGACCUGUAAUGGUCAUAGCGUUGAUCGCAGUAUGCAAAAUCGGCCAUUGACACGACUCUAUCUGCCCCCCGACACGUGCAAACGCUUCCAGAAGUACCUCCAGGAGAAUGAGGUGCAGCAUCAACACCAUCAGCAGCAACAGCAAAUGGAUAGUAAGGAGGUGAGGUCUACAAUGGAUACAGGGACCACCACCGCAUCAGCCACCACACGAAGAAUGACCAGACGAUUAGUCGCCGAGCUGCGCUCUGGAAUGGAUCACGAUGCUCCUCCAUAG